AUGGCGUCCGGAUAUGGAAUGCAUGGAGGCGUUGGCCGUUGCUUCUCCUUCUGGCAGGAGGUGAUGGGCUGUUACGUCGUCAACACAUCUUCCGAAGACGACUCGGGCAAGAAGAAAUGCGCGUUGACGCUCGAAGAUUACUACGAGUGCCUUCAUCAUAAGAAAGAGCACGCCAGGGCCUUGGCUAUGCAAGCUGCGUAUGCCCGAUCUGAGUCCGCCACCGCGCGAGACGAUGCGCCGAACGCGAAGCAAAUACGCAGUCUGGGCCUGAUUGGAAAGGAGGAGGAGUCAAAGCAGCUGCUGGGGCGGAAUUAG